AUGGUGCUAGCGUGGCCAUUGGCGACGCGAGGCGCUGAUGCUGCUAGCAUGGCAGUCGGUGACGCAAGCGAUGCUGCUAGCAUGGCAGUCGGUGGUGCAGACGAUGCUGCUAGCGUGGCAGUCGGUGGUACGAGCGUGGCAGUCGGCGACGCGAGGGAUGCUGCUAGCGUGGCAGUCGGCGACGCGAGUGAUGCUGCCUGCGUGGCAGUCGGCGACGCCAGCGAUGGUGCUAGCGUUGCCGUUGGCGACACGAGCGAUGCUGCCAGCGUGGCAGUCGGCGACGCGAGUGAUGCUGCUAGCGUGGCAGUCGGUGACGCGAGCGAUGCUGCCAGCGUGGCAGUCGGUGGUGCAGACGAUGCUGCUAGCGUGGCAGUUGGUGGUACAGCGAGCGUGGCCGUCGGCGACGCGAGCGCUGCUGCCAGCGUGGCAGUCGACGACUACAGCGAUGGUGCCAGCGUGGCCGUCGGCGACGCGAGCUAUGCUGCCAGCGUGGCAGUCGGCGACUACAGCGAGUUCUGCCAGCGUGGCUGUCGGCGACGCGAGCUAUGCUGCCAGCGUGGCAGUCGGCGACUAAAGCGAUGCUGCCAGCGUAGCUGUCGGCAACGCGAGCGAUGCUGCCAGCGUGGCAGUCGGUGCGCGAGCUACAGCGAUGCUGCCAGCGUGGCUGUCGGCAUCGCGAGUGAUACCGCCAGCGUGGCAGUCAGCGACUACAGCGAUGCUGCUAGCGUGGCAGUUGGAGGCUACACCGAUGCUGCCAGCGUGGCUGUCGGCAUCGCAAGUGUUGCUGCCAGCGUGGCAGUCGGCGACGCGAGCAUGGCUGUCGGUGACGUAAGCGGUGCUGCCGGCGUGGCAGUUGGCGUAUUAAAGUAG